AUGAAAGAACCUAUUCUAUGUCAUAUUACUUGUAUUACAAUCCCACGUGUAUUACCUUCAGACAUAUACGUUUCAUACAUUUUUAAUGGAGAAUCCGGAUCUUUGCCCAGUUAUUCAGCAGAUGAACCUGUUCUAACGACCGAAGAUCAGAUUGCUCUUGAGUGGGAUACCAAAGAACCUCUUAAUAUGUUCUUAUCGCUAAACGCAUUUAACAAAAACGGCUACAGAUAUCAAAUCGGAAACGGAGAAAUACAAAUUCCAAUAGAAGUUAUUCGUGCAGAGAAGAAACCAACAUUAUUAAUCGAAAUAGAUUCUAAAAUCGGUAAAUUUACAAUCACAAUUCAAUUCGAAAAAGGAAUUUACGAUGAUGAAGUAAAUGCAGCAGAUUCUCCUGCAGUUAAAGGCACUUUAGCACCAUUAGAGCAAUAUUCAGAGAUCAUUUCACAGCUCAAAACGCAAGCAGACAAAAUACAUCCUGCAAGCGACGUUUGA